UCGGUGGGGAGACUGCAGCUUUUAGAAACACACACAAGGAGAAGGCUUUCAUUCUCAGCCCAAAGCUUCGUUUAGGCACAGCCCAUUCUCGAGGAGAGGGGGGACAGAGAGGUAGUCUCGGCGUGUCCAUGUUUGCUACUGUCAUCUCCGCCCCUAUCUGAUUCAACGCGAGCCCGCCAGUCUUCAGCCAGCGUCAGGAAGGAGGAAGGAUUUUUUUUGUUGGGUGGGCUGCCGCAGAUUCGCGACCGGAGAAACCCGCGGCAGAGACUCGGCUAUAACCACGGCCCCUCGACUUGAACCAUGUCGUUUAAAGACAAAUAACCGGGUGACCCGCUUUCGGCGCAUGUUGCUGCUGGGACCCGUGAGCUCGGCACAGGCGUGGGUUGCGCUCUGCACCUGACAGACCCUCCGCACACCUUACACUCCGCGACCAGAGUUGUGGGGAGAAAAAAACAACAUCAACAACAAGGGAGGAAAAACUUGGUAGUUUUUCGAGAGGUCCUCUCUGACCGAGUGCACCCUAAGGACACGUUACGCGCGGACUUGUUUUGAAGCUUUACGGUGAAGCAUUUUUUUACGCCUUUAAAGCUGAAUUACCAAGGCGAAACGGCGACCUCAGUCGAUUACCUGUCGUUCCUGUGCUAUCCCAUGGAUAUUCACUGCAAAUCGGACCCCUUCUCGGCGAUGCACCGGCAUGGCGGGGUGAACCAGCUCGGCGGGGUGUUUGUGAACGGCAGACCCCUGCCUGACGUCGUCAGGCAGCGGAUAGUCGAGCUGGCCCACCAAGGGGUCAGGCCGUGUGACAUCUCCCGACAACUGCGGGUCAGUCACGGCUGCGUCAGCAAAAUCCUCGGCAGGUACUACGAAACGGGCAGUAUUAAACCCGGGGUCAUUGGGGGCUCCAAACCAAAGGUCGCGACUCCCAAAGUAGUGGAUAAAAUAGCAGACUAUAAACGACAGAACCCCACCAUGUUCGCUUGGGAGAUCCGGGACCGGCUCCUGGCGGAGGGGGUCUGCGAUAACGACACCGUCCCGAGCGUCUCCUCCAUCAACAGGAUUAUCCGCACCAAGGUCCAGCAGCCCUUCCACCCGUCCCGGACGGCUCCAUCCCCCGCUGUCCCCGCCGGACACACCAUAGUGCCCAACACAGCCUCCCCGCCUGUUACGAGCGCGUCCAACGAUCCCGUCGGUUCCUACUCCAUCAACGGCAUCCUGGGUAUCCCUCGCUCCAACGAGAAGAGGAAACGAGACGAAGGUCGAGACAUGGCCAGCACGACCUUGCCGGGGUACCCCCCCCACGUCCCCCCGACGGGCCAGGGCAGCUACCCCACCUCCACGCUCGCCGGCAUGGUGCCCGGAGGGGACUUUUCUGGAAACCCCUACUCCCACCCCCAGUACACAACCUACAAUGAAGCCUGGAGGUUCAGCAACCCAGCGUUACUCAGUUCCCCUUAUUAUUAUAGUGCCGCGUCCCGUGGCUCAGCACCACCCACUGCUGCCACGGCCUAUGACCGCCACUAGUUACCACGGCGACCGCUACAAGCUGCAGGGCCACGGCUACGGACCGCACAUCGUCCCCGUCUGAGGAAAUGGAAGAAGA